UGUGUUCACUUCCGGGUCCGGCGCCGCUCCGGAUGCUCGAGGCCAAAGGAUGUUUGACCUCCGGAUAAGCGAGGCGCCGCCGUGCAUUCAUUCUCCGUUGCCUCGGUGGCUACAGCGGCGGCCCGGACGGCGACUCGGCGCUCAGCGGCGGCGGUAGGAGGUGUCGGCAGCGGCGCGGAGAGCGAGUGGGCGCCGAGCCGCGGCUCUCCCUGCCCACCUUCCCCGGCCUCGCUCACUCGCCAGCUCCGGCGCGCGGCUCGCUGUCCUCGGCCGCGGGCUGCUGGGAUGUGCCGGCGCUGACGGACGGACGGACGGCGGAUCGGCCGAACGCUGCUGCGGCUCAGAGCUCUCUAUCAAUACCAGCUUACAUCAUUGAGAAGAGCAUUUUGAAGACAUAUUUGCUGAGAAGACAGCUGAGAACACUUUUACGAAUGGGAUGAACACGUGCCAGCUGACUUACCACCUGCUGAAGUCUGAAUGUUAACAUUGCUUAUCUGUACUGUUACCUAGUGAUGUACCUACUCUCACAAUACCCUAUUUCAGCGUGCUUGUCUUGAUUAAAGAAUUCAAAGUGGAGUACCGCAAACUUGAUAUGGAUAAUAAAAAGAAAGACAAGGACAAGUCAGAUGAUAGGAUGGCACGGCCUAGUGGUCGAUCAGGGCACAACACUCGAGGAACUGGGUCUUCUUCAUCUGGAGUUUUAAUGGUUGGACCGAACUUUAGAGUUGGGAAAAAAAUUGGAUGUGGCAAUUUUGGAGAAUUACGAUUAGGGAAAAAUUUAUACACAAAUGAAUAUGUGGCAAUUAAACUGGAACCCAUGAAAUCCAGAGCUCCGCAGCUGCAUUUGGAAUAUAGAUUCUACAAGCAGUUAGGAUCUGGAGAUGGUAUACCUCAAGUUUACUAUUUUGGCCCUUGUGGUAAAUACAACGCCAUGGUGCUGGAGCUGCUGGGACCUAGUUUGGAAGAUUUGUUUGACUUGUGUGAUAGAACAUUUUCUCUUAAGACAGUUCUCAUGAUAGCUAUACAACUGAUUUCUCGUAUGGAAUAUGUUCAUUCCAAGAACUUGAUAUACAGAGAUGUGAAACCCGAGAACUUCUUAAUAGGACGACCAGGAAACAAAACCCAGCAAGUUAUUCAUAUUAUAGAUUUUGGUUUGGCGAAGGAAUAUAUUGAUCCAGAGACAAAAAAACAUAUACCCUACAGAGAACACAAAAGCCUUACAGGAACAGCUAGAUACAUGAGCAUAAACACUCAUUUAGGCAAAGAACAGAGUAGAAGAGAUGACUUAGAAGCAUUAGGUCAUAUGUUUAUGUACUUUCUGAGAGGCAGUCUGCCUUGGCAAGGCUUAAAGGCUGACACAUUAAAAGAGAGGUAUCAGAAAAUUGGAGAUACUAAACGAGCUACACCAAUAGAAGUCUUAUGUGAAAACUUUCCAGAAGAAAUGGCAACUUAUCUUCGUUAUGUAAGAAGGCUAGAUUUUUUUGAAAAGCCAGACUAUGAUUACCUAAGGAAGCUUUUUACCGAUUUGUUUGAUCGUAAAGGGUAUAUGUUCGAUUAUGAAUAUGACUGGAUUGGUAAACAGUUGCCUACUCCAGUGGGUGCAGUCCAGCAAGACCCUGCUCUGUCAUCAAACCGAGAAGCACAUCAGCACAGAGAUAAGAUGCAGCAAUCUAAAAACCAGUCGGCAGACCACAGGGCAGCUUGGGACUCCCAGCAGGCAAAUCCCCACCAUUUGAGAGCUCACCUUGCAGCAGACAGACAUGGUGGCUCGGUACAGGUUGUAAGUUCUACAAAUGGAGAGUUAAACACAGAUGACCCCACUGCAGGCCGCUCAAAUGCACCCAUCACAGCCCCCACAGAAGUAGAAGUGAUGGAUGAAACCAACUGCCAGAAAGUGUUGAACAUGUGGUGCUGCUGUUUUUUCAAACGAAGGAAAAGGAAAACCAUACAACGUCACAAAUGACUGGACACAGACAGAUCCUGGGGACUUACUUAUAUGUUCACCUGCUGUCUUGCGAUUAAAAUCAUCUCUGUAGUGACCGCAUAUAUUUUCGAAGACUCACUCUUAGAAACAAAAAUGUCAUACUUCAUUUUGUGGUUGUCUUACAUUCAUUUUUUUGUCUAAUUUAACUUUUAUGGAAGCUUUAAAGUUUUGUCAAAACAUGAGUGCUUUGCCCAUCAGUGAGUGGAAUGGAGCAGUGUGGUGGUAUUGAUAAACACAUGGACCAGUGUGUGGGAUUGAUAAACACGGCUCCAUAGGACAUUUCUCAGAAGCUCUUCUGCUGUAGAAAACAGUACAGGUGUCCCAGGUGUCAACUAAUUACAUCUAAUUUGAUUUUUUUAUGUCUUGUGUAAUAAUAUAAUCAAACAAGAAUUUUCUUCGUGAUGGACAGUGCAACAGAGAAAACAGUUGCCCAGAUAUUUUUUUUUUAAUGUCCUUGAAAAGGUCCUAUUUUGUGACCUCCACGUUGAUUUCAGUAUUACUGAUGGUACAUGUUAUUCAUGAGUCAUACUGAUGUUCUCUCUGUGAAAUCAUGGUACAGUCACAGUCCAGAGGUACCAAGGAAAAAGCUCUGCGUUUGGCAAACGGUGGUGGUAAAAUUAAUCACAAGAAGUGAGGAAAUAUGAGCUCUGCUACGUACACCACUACGUGAAGUACAGUGUCAAGAAGUGGCAAAAGCGCUUAUUUUUUAAACAUGCAAAUAUUUGUACAAUGUGACUUUAUGCUUCCAGAUAAUAAUGCAUGUUAGAUAGCGAGAAAUGAAUACAUUGAGAGGUGUUGUAUGUUGGAGUUUUAGAAAACAAUACACUAAGGAAAAGAAAUAAAUGUGAACCUUGUUGCGAUGUGUAAGGCUGGAGCCCACUGAAGCCUAUACUGAAUGGUCACAUUCUCAUGGAAGCAGAGAACUGUGGAUGUGCCAUGCAAUGGUGGCUGUUUGUUAUUUUGCUCUUCAAUUUAAAAAAAAAAAAAAACCUCCCAGCAAUAAAAACUGGGUCAUACUAUUGCCCUCUGUGCACAAUAGUCUCUUGUAUUUAGCUUUGCUAGGUCUCUGUAACUUUCUACUCUUGAGCAUGAUUUUGAUGAUUGGAGAGUGUUUGGAAAGGAUGGGCCAGGUGCUUUGCUCCAUAGUCCUUGAAGUGCCUGCAUAUGAACAAAGUAACAGUUCUCAAGACAUGAAGUCCAUUCCACUUUUCAAGUCUGCUUUGUUUGAAGCCAUAAAGGCACAGGUAUACUUUUGUCACAUUCUAGUAGCCAGAAUUUUCAAGAAGGAUUAAAACAAAAAGACUGGCUAGAAAGAUAAUUAUGUUAAUCAUAUCUCACAUUCAUCUUCUUUUUAUGAAAUUGUUACUCCUUCCAUGCGGCCUCUUCUGUGUCUUAAGUGUGUGCCUCCAGAUAUGCUUAUUUAUUUAUUUUUGUCUCAAGGUAACAUUUAAAAUAUGUAUUAAAGUAAAUGAAUCCACAUUUUUUUUACUUCAUUAUUGAAUUUACAGGUAUUUAAUUGUACUUUGUAAUUUAUUUUUCUUAUUAGCCAAAAGUUCAAUGUGUUGCUUUUGAUGAAUUGGGCACCCAUAUGAACAUCACGGAUCGGGACACUGUUUAUCAUUGUUUCUUUGAAUUCUGUAAAUGAUCUGCUCCUGAUUUUAAAGACCUACAGUCAGCCUAGGAAACAUUUUCUGUCCAAUUUGGUCAACAGUUUCCAUUCUGUCUGUUUGUAUACUGUCAUGAUGUCAAAACUGUAGGGGUAAAAUACUGAAUUUUUAGUUCUGUUUGCUUUGAGCAAGGUAGAUGGAUGUUUUGGCCAUUAUAAUGUGAAACCACUUCUUUCUUUACAGUAUUUGACCAAAUUUGUGUGUCUAUGAUAAUUGUAAAUACAAGUGGUAUCUGUAUUUCUUAUCAUAAGUCUGUUUAGUUUUAUUCUCAGUAGGAUUUUUUUGGACUGUACAGUGUUUAUAUGAUCUGAACUCCUUAUACAUAAGAAGGUGUGUAUAUUAAUCCAAUUAUGGACUUAAAUAUUUUAAAAGUAUAAAUACCCUUAUUUGCUGCAAAGACCAGUGUGUAGACAUUUGCUUUUAGCAAUAUUUUUAAGUGCUCCAUUUUAGUGCCAGAGCAUACGUCUUUGGCACACAGACUGGUCAGUAAUAGGUAAUGCAGGUAUGUUCAGGUUAAGCCAACAAUGUUUUGCAUUUUUAUGCUUCUUUUCUGUCAACACUAAUGAAAUCAACAUUGCCUGAAUGUCUGAAUACUGAAACACAUCCCUGUUUAAAAGUAUGUAACUGAAAACAAAAUAAAAAAUAAAGGUAGUUUUUUUAAACUU